GACAGGCUGCUGGUGGUGCGUGGUGACGUACAUUGUGUGCGCCGGAAGCCGUGCUAUUCUCCCUGCAUCAUGGCGGCCGACGUUCAGGCUGUUCCUGAGGAUGUUCGGUCCGCGGACCGGGGCGGCUACCGAUGCCUCCUUUGCGGAGUCAGCAUCCCGAACCGUCCCAGCCUCACUGACCACCUGCGUGGACGGAGGCAUGUUCGUCUUUGUGAGGAAAGAGACAAACGGCAACAACAGCAAGAGCGCAGUGUGUAUGUUAGAGGCUUUCCACGUGACACCACAGAGGAACAGCUGAUGGAUGUGUUUCAAGCCUUGUCUCCAGUCAAGAGCAUUGUUAUGGAUAAAGAUAGUGGUUUUUAUGCUAUUGUGGAGUUUGAGAACAAUGAUGGAGUGAGCUUGUCCCUGGCGGCACCUAAUCUAAGACUGGGUGAGAAACAGCUUAAAGUAAAACCUCGUGAGAAAAAAGAAUUCCAAAGGAAGAAAGGAGCAGGGCCUCGAAAGCUGCAGCCGCCAGACCCAGAAGCAUUAAGCAAGGAGCUUGUACAGUGCACUGAUGUAGAGGAUCAAAUGAAGAAAUUGGUUUCUCUGUGUUCUCCUUCUCAUCAGGAGAGUCAUCUCCGUCAGCUUCUCCUUUCUCUUCUGCAGGAAACCUUCACAGAAUUCUUUCCAGGGUGCCAACUUCUGGCAUUUGGCUCCUCUGUGAAUGGCUUUGAAAUCUCUGGCUGUGAUUUGGAUUUAUACUUGGAGCUUGGAGAGAGUGAUUGUGAAGAGAAAGUAAAGAUAAGAGAAGACCCAGACGGAGAGGUAGGAGAGAAGAUCGAGGGAGAUGCCGAAGUACAAGAAAUCAAAAAGCAAAUUAAUUUAUUAGACGAAAGUGACGAAUUGGAAAAGGAAGAUGAAUCAAAAGAAGAAGAAAUGAAAUCUGCAGAGGAGAGUGAGGAGGAUGAGGAAGAGGUGAGUGAUGUCACUCCCGGCCUUUCUUUGCAAGGACUAUCCUCUGAGGAGGUCCUGGAGCUUGUGGAAAAGGUCCUUCGCCGCUGUGUUCCUGGAGUGCAUGGAGUUCAGAGUGUGCCCUCUGCACGGCGCCCAGUAAUACGCUUUCAGCACAAAACCUCUGGGUUGAGAGGAGAUAUUACACUGAAUAAUAGGCUUGCUCUUCGCAACUCCUCCUUCUUACGUCUCUGUUCUGACCUUGACCCUCGAGUCCCGCAACUGGUAUAUACUGUGCGAUAUUGGGCAAGAGUGCACCAGCUUGCAGGUAACCCGUUAGGAGGUGGACCCCUGCUGAAUAACUAUGCACUGACGCUGCUUGUUGUGUUCUUCCUGCAAACAAGGAGCCCACCAGUUAUUCCCACUUUGAAUAAGCUUAGAGAGGAAGCGGUGAAUGAGGUUCCCCAGGUGAUUAAUGGCUGGGACUGCACCUUCUUAUCUGAUAUCAACAAAAUUCAAACCAGUGGCAACCAGCAGAGUUUGAGUUGUCUUUUGUCUGAGUUCUUCUCAUUUUUCUCCUCACUUGACCUGGCCUCUGUUAUUUUAUGCCCUUGUAGUGGCUCCAUCCUACCUCUUCCUCUUUCUUCUCCUUCAUCUUGGCUGGAUGGAUUCCGUUUGGGACGUGUUAACGUACAAGAUCCUUUCGAGCUAAGUCACAAUGUAUGUGGCAAUGUCAGCUCACGCACGGCUCGCCACUUCGCAUCACAGUGUACCUCCACAGCUCAGACCUGCCGCACCUCUCUCUACCGUCUGCGUUCUCGAUGUAGACCCUGGGGAAUCACUUUAAUUUUUCUUCCUGCACUCUCUGACGAAGAAAAAAAGGCAAAUAAUGUGGCUGAGAUUGUCGUACCACUGGGAGCGAUUUCGUUUGAGGUUGCUUUUUCAGUUACGAAGAAGGUUUUUCAAGAUGUGCUGCUGUGCACGUGUGAGGAAGAAGAGGCCAUUUUUGAGAAGGGACAGUCUACAACAGGUGAGACAAACAAGACACAAAAAGGAAGGGAGAGUGUCUUGGAUGAAGAAAUGGUAAUGGAGGUGGUGCAAGCUGUGCCGUGCAAGGAGGAGUACACUGAAAAACAGGAGCAAGGAAAUUGCAAGAACUGGAUAAAGAGUGAAGCACAAGGAAAAAAACGAGAAAGAACAGAUCUAAGUAAAAAGGACAUUGUGACAAAGAAAAUGAAGACAGAGGAGUCUGGAGAUGACAGUUGUAGAAGCCACUGUGAAAAUGCACAAAAACAUGAGGAUUCAGAUUGUGUGCGCCUGUUGAGGGUGUGCGUGUGGCAUCAAGUAUGGGAAGGCCGACGCAAGGAGAGGAGGCGUCGCCGCGGUGGGGAGGCAAAAGGAAUAGAGCUGGAAACUGAAAUUUCUCGUGCAUUGUGUUCAGUAAAAGGGGAAAGUAUGGGGGAGGAGCCUCUGAUAAUAUUGACUGUAAAUUUUCAAUUGACAGCCCAGGGACAAACACAGUUGUGUCUAACUUCAACUGCUGAUACUCAUGGACUCGGCCCCGUUUUUUUUCACUUUUUAGAGGGAUUUUUACCUCGGAUUGUAAGGGAAUCUUUGGCAACUCGAGAAUGAGUGUUUAUGGUUGAUGUUCCACUGUAGCCAUAUUGUUUUUCAGGUCCAUUUUAAGCUUCACUAAUCAAAGUUUGAAUGAGGGCUUUGAUUCGUUAAUGUUCUUUCACUGUACUGUCAAUAUAUCAGUGUGUAUAUAUUUGUAAAUUAAAAUAUAUUGGCCAUUUUUUAAUGUA